AUGUCCUCUACACCAAGCUCUCCGAUCGAUUCAUCAAGUUCAUCCUCCAGCAAAUCUGGAACCGACAAUCGCCCGUUCAAACUACAAGUUCCCGAUCUACUGGCGUUCUCUGGUCGAACUGAACAGUAUCCAGGUUGGAAACGGAAGAUAAUGCAUGAACUUGGCAAACAAGCUCUUUGGAACGUCCUUGAUUCCGAUGAUUAUCAUGCCAAGAACCCCCAAAUUUCUGAAGCAAUCUUUAGCGCAAUUGCUGCUGCUUUAUCUGGUGGACUUGCAUCUCCUUUGAGCAAAGAAUUGGAAUCUGCAAAGGAAUUCAACGCAAGAAAAUGGACUUGCAUCUCCCUUGAGCAAAGAAUUGGAAUCUGCAAAGGAAUUCAACGCAAGAAAACUGUAUUGAAAAGAGUUUUAAUACUCCUGCAAAUCGAGCGAACUACGUUGUCCAUGCAGUAA